AUGUCUUCAAUUGGCCCGCAAAUGCCACCGCAUCUCACAAAGAGGAAGCGCACUCCGGAUGACCAAGGCGCAAACUCACCACCGACAAAGCACACGCGCAACACCGACGAAAUCGACCUCGACGACGACGAUUCCGACGACGCCUACGGACCGACCGCGCCAAGCGCGCCGGCAGCACCUAAGAAUCCCACCCCAUCAUCGAAGCCCUCUAUCGGGCCAACCCUCCCACCAUCAAACCCAACAAACUCGAGCGAAAUUCCCCUCGAUGAUUCCGACUCCGAAGACGACUACGGCCCAACAGCACCUCGCGCAUCAGCAUCAACCCAAGAACCCUCCAAGACCAAGCCCUCAAUAGGCCCAACUCUCCCCCCGAAGCAAGCCAUAGGUCCCGCCAUGCCACCACCAGACCAUCGCCCCUCCGCCCCAGACUCGGACUCGGACUCAGACGACGAUGACUACGGCCCAGCCCUUCCCUCCUCAACAACAUCCGUCCAACGAGCCCAAGCCGCCGCCGCAGCAGCAGCAGCAACAGCAUCCCAAGGUCCUGCGGCACCCCAGCGCGAUGACUGGAUGCUCGCGCCGCCCACGCAGUCAGGCUACCAAGAACGUGACCCAACAAAACUCAAGAACCGCAAAUUCGCCAGCGGGAAAUCCUCCGCCGCCGCAGGAGGCGGAGGCGGAGGCGGAGGAAUCAGCAGUAUAUGGACCGAAACCCCAGAACAAAAGCGUAAACGCCUCGAGGACGCGGUCCUCGGCCGCGGUGAUCCGACACAAGCGGGCAACGAAAAGAACCAGCAGCCGCGCCGGACCAAGGAGGAAGUGGAACGGGAGAGACGCAUCAGCGAGAACAUUGCGAGUGCGCGCGGCAAAAGCAUGUAUGAGGAGCAUCAUCAGAAUAAGAAACACAGCGGGAAGCCUGCUGAGGAGGAGGAAGACGAUCCGAGCAAGAGGGCUUUCGAUAGAGAAAAGGACAUGUCCCUGGGAGGCAAGAUUGGGACGGCGCAGAGGAGAGAGCUGCUCAACAAAGCCAAAGACUUUGGUGGCCGUUUCCAGAAGGGAUCAUAUCUUUGA